AUGGCAAAAGAAGCCGUGUUGACUAACAGGGACAGCCUGGUGGCCUCCAUUGUGUUCAUCAGCUUCGGCGUGGUGGCAGCGUUCUGCUGCGCCAUUGUGGACGGGGUUUUUGCUGCACGACACAUCGUUCACUGUCAAACAGCCCCUCGUGUGUCCUGUAGUUUGCGUGUUAAGAGCAACACCUGUUACUGCUGUGAACUCUACAACUGCGGCAACCGCGUGGAGCUGAUGGGCGGCUACCACGAGUACACAGAGGUACGAAGCUGCCAGGACGUGGUGCACCUCUACCACCUGCUGUGGUCGGCCACCAUCCUCAACAUCGUGGCCCUGUUUCUGGGCAUCAUCACUGCUGCGGUGCUGGGCGGCUUCAAGGACAUGACUCCCACCUCCGCCCCCGACAGCUGUGAUCCAGACCCUCUGCCUGUCUCUCUUCCUCCUGAGGCCCCAGCUCCUACCACCUCCUACAACUAUUACAACAGCACCCCCUGCCUGCCUCCCUACACUGCCUAUGACCUCCAGGCCCCCAGCAUGUUCCCAGACUCGUCUGGCUUGUCUGAUGACUCCCAGUCUGGAGCGAGCUCCUUGUGGCCUACCCAGAUCCCUCCCAGCUACUCCCCGCCUUACUAUCCCCCCGAUGACAAGCCCCCCCCAUACAGCCCCUAA